AGGUUUCCCCAUGUCCGUGACGUGUUGGCCGAGGCUCUGCGGCUCCUCUCCGCCCUCGGAGCGGCCAGUCGCUGCCCUCUGGACUCCGUGAUCCCCGACGGGCGUCAUGAGCAUUGCAAUCCCUCUGGGAGUCACCACACCAGAUACGUCCUACUCCGACAUGGCUGCAGGAUCGGACCCAGAGUCUGUGGAAGCUAGUCCAGCUGUCAGUGAGAAGAAUGUGUACUCCAGCCACGGCUAUGGGGCCACCCAGAAACACAGCUAUCGCGGGCUGCCUUACGCAGAUCAUAAUUAUGGAGCCCCUCCUCCUCCAACGCCGCCAGCAUCUCCUCCUGUUCAGACCAUUAUACCUCGUGCAGAACUGAACGGCCUGCACUCGCCUGAUGAGGAGAACUCCGGGGAUAGUGAGAGCUCCUCAGAAGGAGAAUCAAUUCCCACUUGGUGCCACUGCAGUGUCUCCCAAGAUGGUUUCCUCCUCAAGUGUGAAAAGUGCAGAGGAAUGAGCAGGGGGAAGGUGAUCAGACUCCGCCGCCGGAAGCAGGACAACGUGUCAGGUGGGGACAGCAGUGCAACUGAGAGCUGGGAUGAAGAGCUAUCUCCCUCUACAGUGCUGUACACAGCUACUCAGCACACCCCUACAAGCAUCACGCUGACUGUCAACCGCGUCCGUAGAAGCAAACCUAAGAAGAGGAAGAGGAGUACAGAAAAAGCUCGCACUGCUCCAAAGGCCAAAAAGAUCAAGGCCUUUCGAGAGGGCUCACGAAAGUCUCUGAGGAUGAAGAAUUCCCCUUCUGAAGCGCAUGCCUUGGAUGAAAACACAGCUGAAGGGUGGGAGAAUCGAAUACGACUCUGGACAGAUCAGUACGAAGAAGCCUUUACUAACCAGUACAGUGCUGAUGUGCAGAACUUGUUGGAGCGUCAUCUAAACUCUAAUAAAGAAUAUGUGGGCAAAACUGCUAUGCUAGACACAAUCAACAAAACAGAGUUGGCCUGCAAUAAUACUGUUAUUGGGUCCCAGAUGCAGCUGCAGCUGGGAAGGGUGACUCGGGUUCAGAAGCACCGGAAGAUCCUGAGAGCAGCAAGAGACUUGGCACUAGAUACCCUUAUAAUUGAGUAUCGAGGGAAGGUUAUGUUACGACAGCAAUUCGAGGUCAAUGGGCAUUUCUUCAAAAAGCCAUAUCCCUUUGUGCUGUUCUACUCCAAGUUCAAUGGCGUUGAAAUGUGUGUUGAUGCCCGCACCUUUGGUAAUGAUGCCAGGUUCAUCAGGCGUUCCUGCACUCCAAAUGCAGAGGUUCGUCAUGUGAUUGCUGAUGGGAUGAUCCACCUGUGUAUCUAUGCUGUUGCCACCAUUGCCAAGGACACAGAGGUUACCAUCGCCUUUGACUAUGAGUACAACAUCUGCAGCAACUAUAAAGUGGACUGUGCGUGUCACAAGGGGAACCGGAAUUGCCCUGUGCAGAAACGUAGCCCAAAUGCUGCAGAACACCUACCUCCACCUGUUUUAGGCACACUGAUUGGGGCAGAAACACGCCGGCGAAAAGCCCGUCGAAAGGAGCUAGAAAUGGAACAGCAGGGCAUUGCAUCAGAUGAGAACAGCAGUCAACAAACGGAGGAAGUUCCUGAGGGACCUGCAGCAGUCAGUGACAAUGAGGUGGCAGAGAAGGAGGAGAAACAAGAAGGGGAGAAAGAAGAGCCUGUAGAUGAACAGGGAACUUUGGUCCACAGCCGACGGUCCCGGGAAGACAGGAAGGUAGAAGCCAUCAUGCACAUGUUUGAAAACUUGGAAAAGAGAAAGAGGAGACGAGAGCAACCAUCAGACCGCAACAGCACGGAUGCUGAAAUCAACAUCAAUUCUGAAGCUCCUGAGCUGGAGGAAGUAAAAACAGAGACUCCUGAAACUGAAGAUGGAAGUUCAGCACUGAGUGCUGCUGCUACAAAUGUUUCUAACAGUAACAGCAGUACUGGGGUGAACACGCGACGGUCUUCACAAGUAGUGGAUGCUGUCCCUGAAAAAACAGUUACUAAGCCAGCUCCAGCAAAACCCUCCAGGCCUCGACCAAAAAGUCGCUUCUCUCGAUACCGGACCAGUUCAGCACAAAGACUGAGAAGGCAGAAACAAGCCAGUUCCCAGCAAGCUGAACUCGCACAAGCUGUCCCAGAGGAAGGUAGCACUGCCAGCUUGGUAACCACAGCAGAUGUCAGCAAUGUAGAAGGUCCAGGAGAAGGCAGACAGUUGAUGGGAUCUGACCCAACUGCUAUCCUGGCUGCAGGAUCUCAGUCUAAUCGAGCUGCAGUAAAGUACCCGAAAACUAAAAAGUAUCUUGUUACCGAAUGGCUGAAUGACAAGGCAGAAAAGCAGGAGUGCCCUAUUGAAUGCCCUCUGCGCAUUACUACAGACCCAACAGUUUUGGCAACUACCCUAAAUAUGUUGCCAGGUCUUAUCCACUCCCCACUAAUUUGUACCACACCUAAACACUACAUUCGUUUUGGUUCACCUUUCAACCCCGAGAGACGUCGAAGGCCCUUUCUGUUGGAUGGAAUUUACAGCUCCUGUAAAAAGCGCUGGAUCAAACAAGCCCUGGAAGAGGGGAUGACUCAGACCUCACCAGCUCCGCAAGAGAACAGAACCCAAUGUCUAUACCAAAGUAACGAGAACAGCAGUUCUUCCAGCAUCUGCAAAGAUGACACAGACUUGCUGAGUCCCCUGAAGAAAUGGAAGUCUCGCUACUUGAUGGAGCAGAAUGUUAAGAAGCUGCUGAGGCCGCUGUCUCCCAUCACCCCUCCACCUCCCAUCCCUUCAGUUCCCGGCUCAGUGAGCCCACAGCUGGCUACACCCUGCUCAUCGCUGCCAGGAGAGGAGGAGAGUCGCAAUGGUUAUGGCAUGAUGUUCUCACCGAUUCCUUCUCUGGCUGCUAGUCGCUGCAAUACUCCACUACAGUUUGAGAACGUAUCCUCCCCUGAGAGUUCCCCUGCGCAUAGGCCUGAGUCCAUGUCACCCGAGCUCUGUCUCCGAUCCGACCUGGAUUUGAAGGGUGGGUACCUGGAUUCUGGUGCAAACACCUGCCCAGAACGACCAUCGCUGCUCAGCUUUGGAUCCUCUGAUCUGACUCCACAACCCUCCAUAAACUCUACUUCAGAGAUGAACUUCCCAGGGAAAAGUGGGGAAGCACAGAUGCUGCUACGAAGCUCUGAUCAGGCUUUUCGGACAGAGUUUAAUUUAAUGUAUGCCUUCUCCCCAUUGAAUGCUAUGCCACGCGUAGAUGGGUUGUUGCGGGGUUCUGCUCCUUUGGGAGAGAGGAAGCCAAUGAAUUCGGAAGCAGGAUGCUGCAGCUCUCCUGCCGAAGGAUAUUUCAGCAGACACGAGUCAGGGCUGCUUAAAGAGACAGUGCAUGGAUCCAUGUCUCCCUGCAGUGAGAAGGCUUGUGAAGGCAUCAGAUCUGCUCCGCAGAAUCCGCCACAAAGGAAGAAGGUAUCUCUACUAGAAUAUCGCAAGCGGAAACAAGAAGCCAAGGAGGGAGGCGAUUCAGUGCGAUGUACAGGGACUCCUACCCGACAGGGCAGCAGCAGUUCUGUGACUGACACAGAUGGCAACAGCCUGCUGGGCUCCGUAGUACGAACCCCGUCCUCCCCACAAAGUGGCUUCUCCCCUUCUCAUCCCUCCCUGCCUCAUGUAGAGGACAUCAGCCCACCAGACUCGAGGGGGGCUAGUUCCUUAACAUCACUCAGCAAAUCCCAGGAGAACAUCAGCAGUAGGUGGAUGGUCCCAACGUCAGUGGAGAGGCUUCGAGAGGGCCGAGGCAUACUUGAGAAGGUGCUGCGAAGUGGUGCAAAGGUAUCCCAGAGAAACGAAUCCUCACCUACCUGUGACAGUGCUGUUGAGAGAGAUGCAGGUCCUGUGCCCUGAGGAGGAAGGCUUCUGAACCUCAACAACCAGACAAGACAACUCCAUCCAGAUUCCUGUGUAGCUAAGCCAGCACCUGUGAUGUAGCACAGAGAGGACAACUGCAGCAAAGCCAUGGGCACUGCUGAUACUGAUGCUCGUGCCAGUGCAUCUGGUGCAAAGCCAGACCUGUCUGGCAGAAGUACAAAGCAGGCUAUGGCAGUGUGUCCUGUUUCAUGACUGAGACACAUCUGUCAUAAAUUUGAUACUAAUACCAACACUAUUUCACCAAGGCAUUUCAAACACGGCUGCUGAGAAUCCCCGAGAUGCUGCAGAUAAACAGCUUUGUCUCAUUAGACUGCAACAUAACUCUGAGGUGAAAUCUUCUAGUCCCACCAGUUUCUCUCCCUCCUAAAGAAAGCACGAUUGCCAUCUGUAACCCUGUGGUUAUAGUAGUGGCAACUGAAAAACACGUGGCAAAGCAGAUGGGUCACUUGCAGUAAGUACUUCUUGCCUACCCCAGUUCAGGUUAGUUCAGGUUCAGUCAUCUGGUAGAACAAGAAGCUCACCCACCCCGUAAGAUAUGGGUGCCAGAAAGGCUAGCACUGCCAAGAAGCAGCUUUUAUUCCUCUUGAUCUCUCACAUAACUAAGGUGGAUCAGUGUGUACGGUGCUGCUGUUACACCACAAACCUCAAAGCAUUUUCAUCAUCUGGCCCUGUAUCUGAAAUUGGCAUUUCUGAGGUCUAAGAGUAACUCCAUUGGAGCAGCUCAGUUGAUUUGUAAAGCAGAAUCCCCAGAACAGCAGAAGGGGUGCUGUCAGCCUUGGCAGCACAGGGCCUCAGUCUUCGGCAGCGUCUGGAUCUGCCUUUGAGGAAAACUUGCAGCAGGAUCCUGCUGACAGCCAUCUAAGGAGAGACAGUUCUGUCUCCCCAGCUGUAAGUGUAGCCAACAUGGAUUCCUAUGACCAAGUCUGAGUGGAGAAUUGCUGAGACCUUAGAAACGGUCUUCUGCCUCUCAUAUCCUUCUGGAAAGCCAAGGGACCGCAAGCUGUCUGUGUGAUGUUGCUGGGUGCAGCUGUUCAGGUAGGCUGGUCCAAGGCAAGUGAGCUUUUGUGCUAAACCAGAGCGAGCUGGGGUAAGGGAAGCAGCAGUUCUUAACAUGCAUGGCUGAUUUAUGCAUGUUAAGGUUUUCCAGUUGCCUCUUGCUAGGGUUCUUCAGCUUCUGAAACAGUAACGGCUGGAGAAGCCGCCCAUGUCUCAGCCGUAGCUGGAUGCAGAACAAGAUGGCUGGGGUGUGUGCAGGUGUCACUGGAGAGGGAACUGCUGUGGCCUCAGUUCAGAGGGUGAGGUUUAACGUCUUGCCUGUACAUUGCAGACACAGCAGAAGGAGACACUCCAGAAGCCCACAAAGGACCAGCAGUUUACAGUCCUUCUCGAUACAGC